AUGAAGCCAUUGCAGCCUAUGCCAGCCGGCCUUUCCGGUUGCCAAAAAUUCAGGGCAAACAAGUACGACGUUGUUGUAAGCUACAAGCUGCCCGGGCAGUCCGAUGUCGUCGUAAGGAGGUAUUUCGAUGAACCCAGCGAGUCACGCACAAACCAUGGCUCAUCGCAAAAGGGAUUGGAGGACCGGUCGCAUCUUAUGCCUCAUCAUAUUUUUGACAGCGGGAAACUUACAGUGAGCAACUUUGACGGCAAAUUCGAUUUCGACGAGCGAGAUGCUACUGGCGCAACCCCGCUGCACCGCGCUGUAAGACAGAAUGACCAUCAUGGGGUCCAGUGGCUUAUUGCACAUGGUUCCGAAAUAGAUGCUCAAGAUCUACGUGGAAUGACACCUCUCCAUAUUGCUGCGAUCUAUGAUACAAAUGGCAAGUUGACUCAAAUACUUCUGGACGGUGGCGCGGAUAAACAUGUUCUUGAUGAAAAAGGGCAAAGCCCUCUUCACCAGGCAUCAAGGACCUCACCAAAUCUCGAGUUACUCAAUCUCUUUCUUAGAAGUUAUGACGACCAUGACUUUAUUGCCCGUCACGCCAACUUCGACGGAGAUACAUGCCUGCAUUUAGCUGCCGACGAUGAUUGGGCUAUCAAAGGCAGAAUCGACGAGCUCGUACGUUUUGGUGCGAAUGUGGAUGCCAGAAAUCGCCAUGGACAGACGCCGCUUCACAGGGCAGUCUGGGGCCAGAGACCAGAUCUUGCCUACGUCCUUCUCCAGCAUGGCGCAGAUGUCAAUGCAGUCGACAUUUUCGGCCAGACUGCGCUCUUAUGCCACAUAGGAUGGUUCGGCGAGUAUCUUAACUCUGCAGUUGGGAAUUGUGAGCUCAGCCCCGAAUGUUACCAAGCGCUUCCUGUAUUGUUGCGCAUGUUGGUAGACCAUGGCGCGGACGUGCUCAUCCGAGGACAUCACGGCGCAUCGCCUCUUACUCUUGCUCUCCAAUACUAUCUCGAAUGGACUGCUCAGGAUGUGUUUGAAAGGGAGGAUGGCGAAUCAGAGCCAGACUUGCCAAAAAUGCGUAACAUUCCGGGUCCGGAACACCGGGAUGUGGAUGACUUUGCCGAGCAUUGCCAAUUAGAAGGCGUCAAACUGCCAGUAAAAAUCAAGGAUAUAUGGUUGAGGGAGAUAUUCCCUAUCUUGCGUGUUCAAGAGCAACAGAAGUCGAGACUGAGGUGA